AUGUCUUCGAGCCCUCCAAGAGAAACAGCCAAUGGCGCCAGAAACUACCAGCUCUAUUGGUGUUACCAAUGUCAUCGGACAGUCCGUGCUGCCUCGGACAACCCGUCGGAGGUGACAUGUCCACGGUGCCUCGGCCAGUUCCUUCUUGAAAUUGACAUGGGAAGUACUAGACCGGUUCUUGAAUUCACUGCAUUUGAUCCCUCCCCUGAGGCCCGAAUUUUUGAAGCAUUGUCCCUCAUAUUCGAUCCAUCAAUUGGUUUGCAAAAUCCUGACAUGGACAGAAGAAGGAAUGAUCGAAGCUCUAGACAAAGAAAUCGUGUUCUUGACAGAAGGCAUCAUAGGGAAGGAUCUGAGCCUGCCAACCGAGGAGGUUGGUUAUGGCCGAGAAGAAGAAACAAUUUGCUAGAUGAAAACGGGGAUGACUGGGAUCCCGAAUCCGGGAUUCUAGCCCGUCCACGGACCUGGAUCCUUCUGAGACCAUCCGGGCCGGUCCCAGCUGGUGUUGAGAAUUCACCCCGGGAAAGGCUGAUACCACCUAGGGUGGAUCCCGGGAACUACUUUGUUGGUCAUGGAAUGGAACAACUUAUUGAAGAACUUACUCAAAAUGACAGGCCAGGGGUGCCGCCAGCACCAGAAUCGGUGAUUGAUGCGAUUCCGACAAUCAAAAUUGAGCCAUCCCACUUGGCUACCAGUUCAGAAUGUCCAGUCUGCAAAGAAGAAUUUAAAAUAGGAACGGAAGCAAGGGAGCUUCCAUGCGACCAUGUAUACCAUUCUGAUUGCAUUGUCCCUUGGUUGAGGCUUCACAAUUCUUGCCCUGUUUGCCGCCACGAGCUCCCUGUUCCAUGUGAAAGUUCAGUGGACUCGUCCAGCGAUGCUCAUGGGGGUGGUAGUGACCAGCGGUGCUGGAGGCUGAGGCAGCUGUGCAAUAUGUGGCCCUUCCGAUCAAGAUAUCGACCUCUUCAUCCACAUCGUGGUGGCACGAGAACGUCUAAUCAUGGUGAGAAUUGA